AUCAGUCGCGAUAAGUCAACCAUCGAAGCAAGUCGUUCGUUAAUUGUCGCUCCGUAUCUACGUUUUGCUAUCGCCUUUUGUAUAAUGCCGGCGUCGUCUUCGGGCGGCGACGACAAUCGUCCGCACGCUCUUAACAAUUCAGUCGGUAAAAUAAAAAAAGCAUCAAAUGCUUCCAGACCACACAACACGGAUCAGGAAUGGACCACCAAGACAAGUAAAAAAGCAUCUCAAUCUAAGAAGGUAUCAACUCCAACUAGCCCUAUAUCUCCCACUCUACAGCAGAUUAAAAAUAAUCCACCAGUAUUAAAUAUGCCCAACAAUACAUUCGAUUACGACGUUUCGUUAUCUCAUUCUACUAAUGACACGGCCUCUAAUAAUAUGAAUAUAGAUAUAGAUUUAUCGCAUUCUACAACCGAUCACGCUAAUGUUCCCGUUUCCGCAAAUACAACAUACACCGCUGAUAUUUCAAACACUAAUAUAAAUUACGAUUCCAACGAUAUACAGUCCUUACGUAAUUCCGAACAACUUAAUAAAUUUUUCUCCGCGGAUUAUAACGGUCCGUUCACUACCAUUGCGGAACAUUCAGAUAUCAACCUAAAAAUUGAUCACUGGCACCCGUUAAAAUAUGCAAAAAUUUUUUCCACCAAUUUCAUUGGCAUCAACAACAUCAAACCAAUUGGUCAUAAAAAAAUCAAAAUCACCUUCAAUACUAAAGUUUCAGCCAACAACUUUCUCACCUCCCCUCUACUCGCAAACAUUGGAUUUACAGCAUAUAUUCCAUCUACGCUUAUCUACUCUUUCGGAAUUAUCAGAGUCGAUAGUUCCCUAACCGAAGAAGAUUUCUGGGAAGGACUUGAUAACACAGUCCGCGCUAUUGCCUUCAAACGCAUUUCAAUCAAAAAGAAUAAUGUCCUAACGCCUACUCGUGUUGUGGAAAUAAAAUUUUUAUCCCCCAAAAUCCCAGAUGCCGUAUCAAUUUACAACGUCAUUUUCAAAAUUUCUCCUAGCGUCCGUUCUCCCAUACAGUGCAAUAACUGUUUGCGAUUUGGCCACACGGCUAAAUUCUGUCGCAGUAAAUCCAAAUGCAGCCACUGUGGCUUAAAUGACCAUUCAUUAACUACUUGCCCUUCAAUCAACGCAACAGAUCCAGUUUGCAUCUUCUGUAAACUCCCCCACCUCUCCACUGACCGGAAUUGCCAAGAGUGGUCAUUCCAAAGGGAUGUUAAGAAAAUUAUGGCUACGGAAAACUUACCCUUCCGCGAAGCAGUCUCUCUCAAGAAAAAUAAUUACUCCUCAAGUGCAUUUAGCUAUUCAAAUAUUGUUAAUAAACAGUCUGUGUUAAAUCCUUCUCAUCAAGUUCCGGAUACCUCCACUAACUCUUUCCCCCCGUUAACCUCUCAAUCACAUUACCACCAUACACCUCAUAGGAAGUAUAACAAUCAUUCUUCUCACUCUAAACAAAAACAAUUUCACGUUCCCAACCAAUCUAAUUUUUCCCUACCAAAUGGGCACUUCAUAGAUUAUGCUAGUAAAAAUCGGUCCCAGGAUCCCAAACCUCCUCAAUUUGACCUAACCUGGGUCAAUGCCUUCUGCAUCAAACUCUCCGAAUCCUUAUCCAACUCCCCUAGCCUCUCUCCCUUAUCUCCCUCUUCCCUUCAAAACUUAAUUGAAUCAUCCCUUAUGUCUUGUCUCUCGAUUCCAAAAAUCUCCGUUAUUUCUUCUAAUGGUCAAUAUUCUACAAUGGAAUGUUCGUAGUCUUCCUGCAAGACUACCUUCUAUCCAACACCUCGUAUCUUCCUAUAAUUGUUCCAUAAUACUUAUUUCUGAGACUUGGUUACUUCCAUCCCGUAAUUGCUUUAUUCCUAAUUUUAAUUUAU